GAGAUCCCAGCGCGCAGAACUUAGGGAGCCGCCGUCGCGAUUAGCCGCCGCCACCAGCUUCCGCCGCCGCAAGACCGGCCCCUGCCCCAUCCUCCGCGGCAACGCUGCGUCCACCAGGGUCAGCGGCGAGGGCCAACCUGGGGAACCCACCUGAGCUCCCUGCAGUGUGCCUUGCGCCCCGCAUGUGACCCGGCUAGCUGCCCGCGAGUGUGCCCCCCCCAUAGCUCCCGCUUCGGGCUGCGCCCACCGCCCCAACAUCAGCUGUACAGCCGGCUCCCCCGGGAUGGCCGCGGCCAAGGCCGAGAUGCAGUUGAUGUCCCCGCUGCAGAUCUCUGACCCCUUCGGCUCGUUUCCUCACUCACCCACGAUGGACAACUACCCCAAGCUGGAAGAGAUGAUGCUGCUGAGCAACGGGGCUCCCCAGUUCCUCGGAGCCGCCGGGGCCCCAGAGGGCAGCGGCGGUAACAGCAGCAGCAGCGGGGGCGGUGGAGGGGGCGGCAGCAGCAGCGCCUUCAACCCUCAGGGGGAACCGGCUGAGCAACCCUACGAGCACCUGACCACAGAAUCUUUUCCUGACAUCUCUCUGAAUAAUGAGAAGGUGAUGGUGGAGACAAGUUAUCCCAGCCAAACCACUCGGUUGCCACCCAUCACGUACACUGGCCGCUUCUCUCUGGAGCCUGCACCCAACAGUGGCAACGCUUUGUGGCCUGAGCCUCUCUUCAGUCUAGUCAGUGGCCUGGUGAGCAUGACCAAUCCACCAGCCUCGUCGUCCUCAGCAUCAUCUCCAACGGCGUCCUCUUCUUCAUCUGCCUCCCAGAGCCCACCCCUGAGCUGUGCCGUGCCAUCCAACGACAGCAGCCCUAUUUACUCAGCGGCACCCACCUUCCCGACACCCAACACAGACAUUUUUCCUGAGCCACAAAGCCAGGCCUUUCCGGGCUCCUCGGGCACAGCGCUGCAAUACCCGCCUCCUGCCUACCCUGCUGCCAAGGGUGGCUUCCAGGUUCCCAUGAUCCCUGAUUAUCUGUUUCCACAACAACAGGGAGAUCUGGGCCUGGGCACCCCAGACCAGAAGCCCUUCCAGGGUCUGGAGAGCCGUACCCAGCAGCCUUCACUUACUCCACUAUCCACUAUUAAGGCCUUUGCUACUCAGUCGGGCUCCCAGGACCUAAAGGCCCUUAAUACCACCUACCAGUCCCAGCUCAUCAAACCUAGCCGCAUGCGCAAGUACCCCAACCGGCCCAGCAAGACACCUCCUCAUGAACGCCCAUAUGCUUGCCCUGUCGAGUCCUGUGAUCGGCGCUUCUCUCGCUCAGACGAGCUCACCCGCCAUAUCCGGAUCCACACAGGCCAGAAACCCUUCCAGUGCCGAAUCUGCAUGCGCAACUUCAGUCGCAGCGACCACCUAACCACCCACAUUCGCACCCAUACGGGCGAGAAGCCCUUUGCCUGUGACAUCUGUGGAAGAAAGUUUGCCAGGAGUGAUGAACGCAAGAGGCAUACCAAGAUCCACUUGCGACAGAAGGACAAGAAAGCAGACAAAAGUAUUGUGGCCUCUUCGGCCACCUCUUCCCUCUCUUCUUACCCAUCCCCAGUGGCUACCUCUUACCCAUCCCCAGUGCCCACCUCCUACUCCUCUCCUGGCUCCUCCACCUACCCAUCUCCUGUACACAGUGGCUUCUCCUCACCGUCAGUGGCCACUACAUAUGCCUCGGUUCCACCUGCUUUCCCUGCCCAGGUCAGCAGCUUCCCUUCUGCAGCUGUCACCAACUCCUUCAGCGCCUCAACUGGGCUUUCGGACAUGACAGCAACCUUUUCUCCCAGGACAAUUGAAAUUUGCUAAAGGGGAAAAGGGAGAAAACCAUGAAAGACUUAAAAGGACAGGAGGAGGAAAUGGCCAUCAGAGGAGGUUCUCUUAGGUCAGAUUGGAAGUUCUCAGAGCCAAGUCCUUCCUCUAGUCAAUAAUGGAAGGUCUGUUGGCCAACAAUCCUUUUGCCCACUUCCCCUUCCUCCCUAAUUAUUCCCUUUGACUUCAGCUGCCUGAAACAACCAUGUCAAAGUUCACCUCUAUCCAAAGAACUUGAUUUGCAUGGGUAUUGGAUAAAUCAUUUCAGUAUCAUCUCCAUUAUAUGCCUGACCCUUGCUCCCUUCAGUGCUAGAAAAAUCAAGAUGGCAAAAUGGGUUUGGGCCCUCAGAACCCUGCCCUUUAUCUUUGUACAGUGUCUGUGCCAUGGAUUUUGUUUUUCUUGGGGUAUUCUUGAUGUGAAGAUAAUUUGCAUACUCUUGUAUUAUUUGGAGCUAGGUCCUCAAUUCUGGGGGGGAAAAGAAAAGCCAAGCAAACCAAUGGUGAUCCUCUAUUUUGUGAUGAUGCUGUGACAAUAAGAUUGAAACAUUUUUUUGAAACGCCAGUCCUAAGUAUUAAUCAGAGCAUGUGUCAGAGUGUUGUUCCGUUAACCUUUUUGUAAAUACUGCUUGACUGUACUCUCACAUGUGACAAAAUAUGGUUUGGUUUUUUUUUUUUUUUUUUUU